UCAACUCAUCAUGCGAACUGCAUCUGUUAAAGACAUAGGAAAAGAAUGCCGUCGUCGAUCCGCAUGAAGAUUUUAAUUAGCUUGAAACUUGUAGUGGGCUUGUUAUUGUCUACUGUUGGCAACUUCCAUUGCCAAGCUUCGCCUCCUCGUUACACUUUUGUGGUGGAAGAAACUCCAUACAAACGACUGUGUAGCACAAAAAACAUCUUGACUGUAAACGGCCAAUUUCCUGGACAAACGAUGUAUGUUCACGCUGGAGAUACUAUCGUGGUGGAUAUCUAUAACAAGGGAAAUCGUAACAUUACCAUCCACUGGCAUGGAGUUAAGCAACCGAGGAAUCCAUGGUCGGACGGUCCUGAUUACAUCACACAGUGUCCUAUCCAACCAGGAGCCAGGUUUACCCAAACCAUUAUAUUUUCCUCAGAGGAAGGGACUCUAUGGUGGCAUGCUCACAGCCAGUGGGAUCGAGCCACCGUCCACGGUGCUAUAGUCAUAUACCCCAAGAAGGGAGCCACUUACCCUUUUCCCAAACCUCACGCUGAAUUUCCAAUCAUCUUGGGAGAGUGGUGGAAGGAAGAUAUCGGUCAACUGUACAGUGAAAUGAUUCAAAGCGGAGGGGACGCAAAUACUUCAACUGCUUUCCUCAUCAAUGGUCAACCAGGCGAUCUCUAUCCUUGCUCAAAACCAGACACAUUUAAGCUCAAAGUUGUUUCCGGCGAAACCUACCUGCUCAGACUAAUCAACUCCGUAGUGCAAGAGAUGAUGUUUUUUGCCAUUGCCAAUCACAAAGUCACGGUUGUAGGCUCAGAUGCUAGCUACACCAAGCCAUUUUCAACAGAUUAUGUGACCAUAUCUCCCGGCCAAACCAUUGACCUCUUGUUAAAUGCGGACCAAAUUCCCAACAACUACUACAUUGCUGCUAAAGCCUAUAGUGCCGGGGCUGGGGUUCCCUACGACAACACAACCACCACGGCCAUACUCCUAUACCAAGGAAAUUCUAAUUCAUCUCCUACUUCUUUGCCUAAUAUUCCUUCCCGUAACGACACCAACGCAUCGGUUCACUUUACCGGUAAACUCAAAAGCUUGGCUGAUAAAAACCACCCCAUUGACGUGCCGCACAAGAUAACAACUCAUUUGCUCUUUACACUCUCCGUCAACUUACUACCCUGCCCGAAUAAUUCAUGUGCUGCGCCAAACGGGACUCGUAUUGCCGCCAGUGUCAACAACAUUAGCUUUGUCAACCCCACCAUUGACAUAUUGCAAGCUUACUAUUACCAUGUCAAUGGGGUAUAUGGAACUCGCUUUCCAAAUUUCCCGCCCUUGCUAUUUAAUUUUACAGCUCAGCACUUGCCGUUGUACCUACUCCCGGCGAAACGAUCGACAGAGGUGAAGAUACUGGAGUACAACUCAAUGGUUGAGAUUGUGUUUCAGGGGACAAAUAUAGUGGAUGGAGAUGACCAUCCGAUGCAUCUCCAUGGAUUCAGUUUCUACGUUGUGGGAUGGGGGUUUGGGAAUUUUGACAAGGAAAAGGACCCUUUGACGUAUAAUCUUGUCGAUCCUCCUCUUCAGAACACCAUCGCUGUCCCUAAAAAUGGUUGGACUACCAUUAGAUUCAAAGCAGACAAUCCUGGAGUUUGGUUUAUGCACUGUCAUACUGAUCGACAUAUGUCAUGGGGCCUAGUCAUGACGUUCAUAGUGAAAAAUGGAAAGGACCUAGGAGCGCAAAUUUUACCUCCGCCGCAAGGAAUGCCUCCGUGCUAACAAUUUUUAUAUAGAACUAUGUUCCAAAAUGUGCGUACCAUAUGUAUAGCCCCACUUAUUUGUAGUCAAUACAAGAAGCUUCUUAGCAUUGACUAGGGUCAUGUUGAAAUUUCCUCAUAAAAAGAUAUUAAAAUUUGAAAUUAAUAAUCUCGAUUGAUUAAAUUUAUGCAACUUAUUGUCUUGAAAUGUCUUGUUCAAGUGCCAGACCAGGUCGAUACUGGUCCAGAAUCAUAUAGUUUUCAAUCACCAGGGCCAACUUGUAUUAAUAUUCAAAUGACUAGUCCAAAUCAAUGAAGUUGCAGAAAUUUAAUCAAUCGUGAUUAUUUAUUUCAAAUUUUAAUAUCUUUUUAUGAGGAAAUUUCAACAUGGACCCAGUCAAUGCUAAGAAGCUUCUUGUAUUGACUACAAAUAAGUGGGACUAUAUAUGGUACGUACAUUGGCUAUUAGAUGUUUCUUCCCUGAACCCCUAUACUGGAAAUUUUUUUAUGUGUCUGA